GCCCCGAACCGCCCGCAGGACCCCGACACGUCCCGCCCUCAGCGCCGGGCGUCGGCCCGAUUGGCCGGGCCCUGACGGGGCCCGGAAAGCCAGUCGCAUGCGCAGUGAUGUGUGACGUCAUUCUGCCCUGGACCCGCUGGGGGAGGGAGUCUGGUCUCCGCGUUUCCGCCGUGCCGGCUGCGCCUCCUGGGCACCACAGGGUCUGCAGCGCCAUGGCCGUCGCCCUCCCUGAAGCCACUUUGACCACGGUCGUAGAGGAACUUCUGAGCGAGAUGGCUGCGGCGGUGCGGGAAAGCGCGCGAAUCCCUGAUGAGCAUCUACUAUCACUGAAGUUUAUCUUUGGUUCAUCAGCCAUCCAGGCCUUGGACCUAGUUGAUCGACAGUCCAUCACCUUAAUCUCAUCACCCAGUGGAAGGCGUAUUUACCAGGUACUUGGAAGUUCUGGUAAAACAUAUAUAUGUUUGGCUUCUUGUCAUUAUUGUUCAUGUCCUGCAUUUGCCUUCUCAGUACUACGGAAGAGUGACAGCCUACUGUGCAAGCAUCUCCUGGCAAUUUAUCUCAGUCAGGUUGUGAGGACUUGUCAGCAACUAAGUGUCUCUGACAAGCAACUAACUGAGAUAUUGAUGGGGAAGAAACAAGAUUCAUAAAAGUUGAGACUGAUCAUCAUUA